AAAAAGGUAAGCUGUAUAGCUGUUGUUUAUGCACUUAAUAGAGUUUCUUUGUAAGAUCGUCGUGUAUUGUUAUCCUGUGUCUUGCAUCGGUUAAUUUGCGAACAUUCAUGGAGCGAUCAAGAGAUUGAAUACAACGUUACGAAUGCUAUAAACAGUCAUGCCAGCUCAGCCUGCUGCCAGAGAACCAGAGGAGGAGAUGGAGACAGAGGCUGACCCUGAGGUUCCUCAAACUAACGGUGAGGUGGAGGAGGAACGAGAGGGAGGAGAGGCAGAGGAGACAAUGGAGGAAAGUGGGGAGGAGCGGGACAGUGACCUGGAGGAGAGUGAGCCAGAGGAGGAAGAGGAAGAAGAGGAGGAAAGUUCAGAAAUGGAUGAUGAAGAUUGUGAGAGAAGACGAAUACAGUGCCUAGAUGAAAUGUCUGACCUGGAAAAACAAUUCCUGGAGUUAAAAGACAAGCUUUUUCAAGAACGCCUGAACCAGGUUAAAAUGAAGCUGGAUGAGGUUUUGACUGGAAAGGCGGGAGAGUACAGAGAACCCUUGGCAACACUGCAGCAGAACCUACAGCAAAGGACACAAGUGGCAGGUGUUUAUAGAGAACUUUGUCUGCAAGUGGUCAGACACAAACAUGAAUGUGAAGUGCAGGGAGCAAGACAACAUCUAGAGAGUGAGAGGACACUCUUGUUUGAUGCCAUGAAAACAGAGCUGUUGGAGAAGAUCCGCAGACUGGAGGAGGACAAGCAGAGUGUAGACAUCACCUCAGAGUGGUGGAAUGAUGAAGUGAGGAUGAAGAAGUGUAAGAGAAGGAGUCACCUGAUUCGCCCAGACAGGAAGAAGAAAGCAGCUCUUGUGUCAGGGCCAUACAUAGUGUAUAUGCUAAGAGACAUUGACAUACUGGAGGACUGGACAGCCAUCAAGAAGGCAAAAGCGGCACUGAUGCCCCUGAAGAAGAAAUCAGACAACAGGCAGGUGCCCGUGCGAUGUGAAGGUGGGGCUCUCUUCUAUGAUGGAGAGAGAUUCUCCAAAGGCUGCAGUGUCGUUCUAGAAGUCAGUGACGACAGCCCGGCACAGGCCGUAAUAACAGGGAUCAGCACCGGAGAGGUCUGGUUCAAGCGCACAGAUGGCACCAAAACCAAAAUCUACGUCUCCCAACUGCAGAAAGGCAAAUACACCAUCCGAAAAGCUUAGAGAAGAUAAACGUUACACUCGGAGAGUGUGUGAACCUACCCUUUAAUAAUUAUCAAAUAACACACCAAUUUACCUGCACCUUUAGAACAGCUUUUUAAACUAUCUAAUGCUAUGCACUGGCAUUGAUCAGACCAGAGGACUUUAUGUAUAGUGACUUAUGCCCAGUUCUGCCCUUUUUAUAUAAUUUAUGGGAUCUGGCUCCAGACCAGCGCUGUUGCCAUCAUGUAGGCAAUUUCUUGUGCAGCUAAAGUUAUUAAUUCACACAAACACAAGAUGGACAUGAAAAACCUGUUGACCAAAUGCUAACAGACCAUAUGAAGUCUUUCUGUACCAUAAUACUUUUGAGUUUCUCACACUGAAUACAUUCGUAAUGCUUCAUACUGACCUUAUAUGAAGUCUGAUACACACUCGAAUCAUUGUGGGUUUAUGUGUUCAUCAUUUAAAAUGAUUAGAAAAAUCCAUUUCAUGUACACUAAAGACAUCACGGGGUGAAAAGGACUGCACUCAGUGAAAAGCCCUGUCUCUACCACAAAAAAAGAAAAAAACACAAUCAAACACCUUUAAUUGUUAUUGCACUCAGAAAAACGAGAUGUAACAGAUUUUUUUCAGUACAUUUUGAAAGACUGUUAUUGUAAUACAUUGUAUUUAUAGACAUCUGUAAAGUGAUCUGAAACAGAGGGUGCUUUUUAAAACUUAUUUAUGAAGUGUUCAAGAUAAUCAUGUAUUUAUAACAAGAAGCAUUAUUAAAAUCUAAACUUUUAUUACA